AUGGCGUGUGAAGUCAUUGCCGUUGCAGAGCCCAACCAGCCCUUUGUGGCACAGGAGCUUUCAUCCAGCCAGCCUGUCAUGCAGGCACUGCAACCUUACGUGACAAUGUUGGUGCCCGUCGUCGUCAACGCAUCCGGACCUGUCAUGCAGGGACAGGUACUGGGACAAGCUCAGGCGGUGCCAGUGGCCACCAGCCCGAACUACAACGGGUGGACAUUUGCUCCAAGUUCCCCCCACAUGAGCUCCCCGCAUAUGGGGCCCAUGGAGAAGUUCAACAGCGGCUACGACUCUUACCCUGACAUGGCCACUGGAUACGAAUGCGGAGGGGUCAUGGAGGAUGAGGAGAACUGUGGGCAACGCCGACGCCGGCGCAUGCGGACCCCACAGCCCAAGGCGCCCGGGAUGAUUCCCAGCUCUGCCCGUGGUGUAGAGGAUGCCGUGCUGUCAAAAGAGCGCUGUGAUGAACUUCGCCAGCAGUUGCAGGCUGGGGGUGAUGGGCUGUCCUUGGUCAUGUCCGAGAUCUCUGGCAAGGUUUGGCCUUUGUCCCGCGACGCCAAUGGAUGCCGCGUGGUGCAGAUGGCCAUGGAGAAGGCCAGUAAUGGUGCUGCCAAGGACUUGGCGGCUGAACUCCAUGGACAUGUGCGGGAAGCAGCCGUCUCGCCUCAUGCCAACUACGUCAUCCAGAAGGUCAUCACGCAGCUCAGCCCGGCUACCUCGUCGUUCAUUGGGGAAGAGCUUCUCGGCAACGCUGCCCGCUUCGCCCGGCAUCGCUUCGGCUGCCGAAUCAUGUGCCGCCUUCUGGAGCAUUGCUCUUCUCAAGAGGGAACCCUGAAGCUUAUCGACGAAGUGCUGGAGGAUCCUUCUGAGGCCUUGGACCUCUGCCGCCACAACUUUGGCCAUCACGUGGUCCAGUCCGUACUGGAGCACGGAGAUGCGAGGUACAAGGAGCUCAUUGCAGAGGUCCUUCGUCACGACCUUCUUGGGAAUGCUUCUCAUCGCAGUGCCAGUUAUGUCGUCGAGUCCGCGCUGUCUCACUGCCUGGAGAAGGACCAACAAGCUUUGCUGCAGCAGCUCACGCACCCCAGUCUGGUGGCUGAACUGGCGCAAGCUCGCUACGGCUUCUACGUGGCCAAGACUCUGCUUCAACGCCCUGAGGUUGAUGCUGAGACGCUGGCCAAGAACAUUCCGGCGGUGGCAGCGCUGCUUUCAAGCAGCGAGACCUCGAGCUUUGCUGAGCCUUGCUGA